CCGCGCGGUUCCGGCCUCCCGCCCCACGCGGGGUCCGCCGGAUCCUGGAUGUGCGUGGGUCGCGUGGGUGCUGUCGUGGUGUGGGAUCCAUGGCAGGACCCCUGUGCAUCGGGGACCAGCUCAUUCUGGAAGAAGAGUACAAUGAAUCCUACAUUCCUAAGGAGGAAGAAAUCCGGGCUUAUGCACCAACAAUUGGGAUUGACCCCGACAAGGAGCCGGAGCUGCUGUGGCUGGCCGGGGAGUGCCUGGUGACCCCCUUGCCCCCAGAGUGGAAGGCCUGCCAAUCUAUCACGGGUGGGGACAUCUAUUUCUUCAACUUUGAAAAUGGCCAGUCCACGUGGGAGCACCCCUGUGAUGAGCACUACAGGCAGCUGGUCAUCCGGGAGAGGGAGAAGCUGCUGGCACGGGGCAGCUUGAAGAAGGAAAAAAAGGAGAAGAAGGAAAAGAAGGAGAAAAAGGAGAAGAAGGAAAAGAAGGAGAAGAAAGAGAAGAAGAAGGACAAGAAGGAGAAGCAGUUCCUGAAGCAACUCCCUCCCCCAGGCUCGCAACUGGCUCCUCUCCAGCCUCCCCUGGGCCCCCUCUCUCCUCUCCGUGGCCUCACCCCGUCUUCAUCCCUGCCCCUUCGUGGCUCCCUGAACCCGGACCGGGGCAGUGUGCUGGAGUCCAGCCUCGUCCCCAAGGAAGGAACUCUGCCUGCAGAGAUCUCAAGGCCCCCCAGCCGCAAGAACCUGCUGGGUUUGAUCUGUGAAGAGAAAAGUUCCUUGAACGUGGCAAUGCCAGAGAAAUGGAAAAGUGAAGAGGAAGAAAGUGAAAAUGAGAGUUUCCAUGGGACUUCAAGACUGUUAAAAAACGUGUACCUGGAUGUUGAAGCCCUAGCAGGCAGCUUUGACUUAGAGGAGAACAGCAGGGAGGAGCAGGAGGAGCGUGGCAGCCCUUGUGCUGCUGCUGCUGCUGCUGAAGCUGCUCCCCUGUCCCAUGGGAGCCCUGAGGAGGAAACUGCCAGCCUGGGAGAGAAGGAGUCUUUAAAAUCAAGACAUCCUGAAGAAGUGCCAGAGUCUUCCUUGGAUUCUGGUGCUGCGUGUCCUCCGUCCCCAGUUCAGAUCCUCCCCGGAGAUGCUGACAGCAGCCUGGAGCAGGAACUUGCUGGGGAUGAAGUAGUGGACAAAGAAGAUGCUGAGGUGGAAGGAGAUGCCUCUGCAGCUGAGGAGCUGCCUCAGUCUGAGGGGGGAAGGAGCACAGCAGGGCUGGACGUGCCUGGCUCUCCUGGGCAGCCCCGAGCCUCCUCUCCGGCUGCAGAGGGGGAUCUGCCGGCCAGCCUGGCUGCCACUGCUGACACUGUGUCCUGUGGAGAAAAGGGGCUGGAUGAAGAGAGGGAAGAAGCAGCAGCUGAUUCGAAAUCAGAGGAUGAUGGCAAACUUUCAAAGGCCAGUGGCUGUGAGCAGGACUUGCCUGUCUCCAAGUGCUCUGAGCAGGAGGUGGUUCAGCCCGUGGACUUGGAGUUGAAGAGCCAGCUGUCUGAGGAGGUUCUGGAUGUGGGGACUGUGUCUCCUGAUUUGGCCAGCCCUGAGUGCAAGGCCCAGGAGCUGGGAGAAGAGGAAAAAGAGCAAAGCAAAGCCAGUGUAGAGGAAGAGCAAAGGGAAGGAGGAGAAGCUGCUGAGAGUGAGAGGGAUCUCAGUGCUUGUGAGACACCAGUGGAGCGUUUUGGGUUAGGAAAUCCCGCUGGGGCGGAGGCUGCGGAGCUGGAGGAGGGAGCCCUGGAUAGCCUGGUGGAUCCUGAGGAGCUGCCUGCCUCACAGGACGUGCAACCUGAGAAGGAAAUCGAGCAGUCCUUGAACCAGUCUAAGGAUGAAUCCCUGGAGGAAAGAGUCAAGGAGGUGGAGACAGAGCUGGAGCAAGAGGAAAUACAUUUAUUUCAAGCAGAGGAGGAGAAAAUUCAGCAAUUCCAGGAGGAGAUGAGGGAGGAGGAAGCUGAAAAGCUUAAUCAGCAAAAAGAAAAACCCCUCAGUCCUCCAGAAGAAGACUUGGCAAAAUCUGAGCAGGAAGAGGAAGAGUUGCUUGUCCAAGAGGAAAAAGCCAAGAGACUCGAAAAGCUUCGAGCCCAAAUCGCCUCAGAGAUCGAGGCAGAGGAGGAGAGGAUGAGGGCAGAGCAGGAGGCCAGGCUGCAGAAGCUGAGGGAGGAGUGGGAAUCCCAGCAGCUGGUGGAGAAGGAGAGCCUGGAGAGGAAGCAGCAGCUUGCCUUGGAGGAAAUGAAGCUGGCAGCAGAGGAAGCCCGGCAGAAGGAGAUGAGCCAGCUGGAGGAAGAGAAGGAGCAGUUCCUGAGCGAGCUCAGGGAGAGGCUGGACAGGGAGAAGAAGAAGGCAGCAGAGGAGCUGGAAGAACAGUUUGCCAGUGAACUCCAGCAGCUGAAGUCUGCAGCAGAAGAGAAGCACCAUGAGGUCAUUUCCAGCCUGCAAGCCCAGCUGGCAGAGGCACAGAGCAGCCAGGAGGCCCAGCUGCGUGAGGAGCUGCAGAGAGCAGAUCAGGAGGUGCAGCACAGAGCCCUGAGAGUGAAGGAGUACGAGCGUGAGCUCAGCGAGCUCAUGAGCGACAAACGCCGGGAAGUGGAGAAGGAGCACGAGAGGAGGAUGGAGAGGAUGCGAGAGGAGCACCGGGAGGCGCUGGCGCGGAUCCAGGAGCAGUACCAGGAGGAGGAGCGCAGGCAGAGGUCGGAGCUGCUGGAGGGGCUGCGGGCCGAGGCGGCGCGGCUGCGGCAGCUCCACGACACCGAGGUGAAGGGGCUGCAGGCAGAGCUGGAGGGGAGGCUGAGCGCCCUGCAGCAGAGGCACAGGGAGAAGGAAAGAAAGCUCCAGGAUUCAGAGAAGGAGCUUGAAAUCCGCAUGAAGAGCAUCCAAGCCAGAUCAGAGCAUCUCCUCAGCCAGGAGGAGUCCCUGCAAAGGAGGAGGCAGCUGCUGCAGGAUGAGGAGGAGCAGAUGAGGCUGGAAAGGAAUGAAGCUGCUCUAGCCUCCCAGCUGCGCCUGGAGGAGAGCAGGAAGGAGCAUUCCAGCCUCCUGGAGUCUGUUGGGCAGCUGAGGAAGACUCUGGAGGAGCUGCAGGACCAGAAGGCUGAGCUGGAGGCCCAGGUGGAUUUGCUGCAGAGCCGGAGCCAGAGGCUGCAGAAACGCAUUGGAGAGCUGGAGGAAGCAAUCAGGAGCAAGCAGGAGGCUCUGAAAGAACUGGAGGCAGAAGAAAGUGUGGAAUCUCCAAGAAAGAAAGCUGAGCUCCGUGUUGAAGACCUGAGAGAAACUCCUCAAGCUCACACGUCCAGAGAUCCUUCCCCAGCCUCCCAGAGCCCCGAGGGCAGCGAGCUGCAGUUUGAUCGGGUGUGGAACUACAUCUCAGCCGAGGGGCAGUCUCUGAGGAGCGCCAAGGAGUUCCUGCAGCGCCAGAGCCGCUCCCUGCGCCAGCGGCGCUCGGCGCUCAGGGCUGCCAGCCUGCAGUGGCACCAGGACCUGCGCAGGGCCCAGGAGGCUGUGCAGGAUCCCCACAGCUCCCAGCUGCUGCAGGGAGUGCAGAGGAGCCUGGAGGAGGAGGCAAAGGAGUUGGACAAGAUGAAGCUGGCCAUGCAGAAAGGACAUGUGCUGCUGAAGAAGAAGGAGGAGAAGCUCAGCCAGCUGGAGUCCUCACUGCUGGAAGAGCUCUCAGAUGAGGAUACCCUGAAGAGCUCUGCAUGCAAGAAGAUGGUGACUUUUGAUCUGAGCAGCUCUGAGGACACAAACAGCACGUCCAGUGUGAAUCUGGGCCAGGCUAGAUUUGACUUGAGGACAGAUUUGUGGCCUGCCCUCCAGCAGGACAAGAUCCAGCAGCUGCGGGACUCUGUGCAGAGCAUCACCAGCGACCUGAACGCAGUGCUGGGGCUCCUGGACUCCCUGAGCCAUCACCAGCUUCCUCUGAUCACCUCCACACCCCACCAGGGCAUGCCCCUUCCCACACACCCCUCCCUGGGAGCCCUGCAGGGGGGCAGCUCCCUGGGGAACCCCCCCAGGGCAUCCCCCCUGGACCAGUGGGCUCGCAGCAGCCGGCUCAGCUCCGGUUAUUCCAUCUCAGGGCACUCAGUGGACAGCAUGCUGGCAGAGAAAUGGCACAGGUAUUUCCCAGGUGGGUUCUCCUCGCUCAGUGGGAAUCCUGUGCCUCUGGACAGCAAGCUGGGAUAUGUCCCUGCAGAUGAACAAAUCCGGCUCUUCCAGUACUCCAAGGUCAGUGAGCCAGAGAAAAGGAAUAUUGAGGGCAUGAUUGAGAGCAACAAGAAAUGGCUGAAAGACUUCAAGGAUUCCAAAGUACCUCUCUCCCCACGGCCACAGAAGCCCCCAGGCAGCAGCCCCAGCCUCCUGCAGCUGGGGCUGGAUGAGAACAGAGAGAUCAAGGUGUACCACUACUGAAAGGUGGGGUUUUUCUCUGCAGGGAUGGUGAGGGGGGCUGUGCAGUGUCCCCACGAGGGGCUGGGUUUUGGUGAUGCCCACCCAGGCACCUCCACUGUGUGCAUGUGCCACGUCCUUGACACUGGGUGUUUUUGCAAGAGAGUGGAGGAAAGAGGAAGAGAACUUCCCAGGCGGAUUCUUCUAAUCCUGUAAUGUGUCUAAAUAUACUUUAUAGACUGUUUAAUCCAGCGGUGACACAUCAGGGCUUCAAUAAAUCAACACUGCCCUCAUUAGUAUUCCAGCAGUGGCGAGCAGAGCUGUGAAUCACGGAGGACUUUGAGUAACUGGUCAAGGGGGAGGAUGUGAGUCCAGCUGAGGCUGUGCUGGAGGAAAUGUGUCAGGAAAUGAGCCUGCCCUGGUGCCCAACAAAUGCUUGGUGGCAGGUGGGACAUGUCAGGUGGCCUCUGGCACUGGGAGCAGUGGAAUGGCUGGGGAUAAAAUCAGGGAAUGGCACGUUCUGGCUCUUGGGAAUGUUCUGCUUGUUUGGGGUGGAAGCAAUAGGAACUGAGCCAAGAGUGGCAGAUCUGGAUGAGCCCUCCCUGCUCCUCUCAGAGCAGCUGCUGCAGUGCUGUCCCCCUGUCAGGGAGGGCACAGGGAGGCUGAGGAGCUCCUGUGAGUGCUGAGACAGCCCCACCUGGUCCUUCCAUGCCCUGGGGACAGGGAUCCAGAGCCUGGCUCCCGCUGGGAUCUCUUUCCAUGCCCCUGCCAUAAAUCCUGGUCUUGCUGCUCCUGCAGGGAUCCUGGGAGAGCAGGGCUGUGGGAGGACUGGAGGGUGGCUGAGGAGCUGGGAUGAGCAGCUCCUGGAGCUCAGCUGUGACAGUGGCUCGUGGCUGUGCGCUCCAGGUGCUGCGGUGUUCCUCUGGAAAGGCCAAAUCCAGAGGGUAUCCCAGCCCGCUGGGAUGCCUGGAAUUGGGAGGGGUUUCACUGCACCCAGCAGGGAGGAGUCAGGCUUUCAUGGAACGUGGUGUUUGGUUGUCUUUGUCAGUAUUUCCUCCGAGCUGACUCUAAAUAUUUUAUGCUUUAAAAAGCCGCCGCGCCGCUCGCCGUUGUGGCUGACGAGGACGCUGCUCUUCAAGGGAUCCCAUCUGUGAGAAACCAUCUUCAAAGCCAUUCUCCUGAGACAGCUGCUGGGGGCAGGCUGUGAAGCUGCUGCCCCACACCCCCGUGCUGUGUGAGCCCCUGGGGUGGGCAGUGGAGGGAGGCAGAGCCCCCUGCUCUGCUCCCUGGUGCUGUGUGCUGGCACACGCUGUGAGCCUGGCACGGGGAUGUUUACAACCAAACAGAAAUAUAUUUUUUGAUGAACAUCAUUUUAAAGCUCUUAAGAAUGUAUGUAUUUUAUUUUUUUCUCGCUGUUUCUCGAGGAUUUUUGUAAUUACUCAACCAGCCUUAUUCCUUCCUAGGAAAGGAGGGAUCAAAACACGGGUAUCCCAUCUGCUGUUGGAUUGCACAAACCCCUUCCUGUAGGGAUUUUGCUUUUAGUUUAUUGGAUACUCAGAGGACACAACAGUCAGGGGUUUCAGAAGGGACCCCACAGUUGUGGUUGCUGUGGCCAAAGCCAUAUCACCGAGUCCAUUCUGUGUUUUGGGAGAAGCAUGCAUUACUAGUGCAGGGAAAUGCCAAUUUUUUUAACAAUAACUUGGUUUGAAGCCUGCUCCUUUUUUCCUGUUAAAACCUGGGGUAGCAGCUGUAUCUGGCUUUGUAUAAAUUAAAUCAACAUGAGCCUGUUUUGUA